GCCCGAAGGCGGGCGCAGCUUCGGAGGGAUCAGCGCCUCAGGUCUCUCGCUGCCGGGAAGGUCCUGGGAGAGGCGCGAGCCAAGCCUAGGAAGUCAGCAUCCGCGGAGAGAGGGACAGGUCAGGCCCAUGAACUGCAAUCCCCGUUGUCUCUUGGCCCGACCUAACCGUUAGGUGCUCUGAGGGCCAUGGCUGAGGUGCACGUGAUCGGGCAGAUCAUGGGGGCCACCGGGUUCUCGGAAAGUAGCCUCUUCUGCAAGUGGGGCAUCCACACAGGGGCAGCGUGGAAGCUCCUGUCGGGCGUACGGGAGGGCCAAACACAGGUGGACACCCCCCAAGUAGGGGACAUGGCCUACUGGUCCCACCCCAUCGACCUGCACUUCGCCACCAAAGGCCUCCAAGGCUGGCCCCGACUCCAUCUCCAGGUGUGGUCGCAGGACAGCUUCGGCCGCUGCCAGCUCGCAGGCUACGGCUUUUGCCACGUGCCCAGCAGUCCGGGCACCCACCAGCUGGACUGCCCCACAUGGCGGCCCCUGGGCAGCUGGCGGGAGCAGCUGGCACGGGCCUUUGUGGGUGGCGGCCCUCAGCUGCUGCACGGGGACGCCAUCUACAGUGGGGCCGACCGCUAUCGCCUGCACACGGCCGCCGGUGGCACUGUGCACCUUGAGCUGGGCCUGCUGCUGCGCCACUUCGACCGCUAUGGUGUGGAAUGCUGACCCUGCCCCUGCCGCCACUCGCAGGCCCAUCCACACCCGGCUACCUAUGGAAGGGCAGGAUGGCCCGGUGGUCAGAAGCGUGGGUGGGUCCGGAGACUGUCAGAUCUCACCCCAGCCAAGGCAGGCCGUGGCUUCUGUCCUGGCCAGCACCUCAAGCCCAGUGGCUGCCCCUCUCAGGUCCAGUUUCCCCAUCUGUAAAAUGGGGGCAGUUAAGUGUGUGAGGUCGCAGGGUGUUGGGUGAGAAGAGACUGCGCACCGAAGUGCUCAAUAAAGGAGCAGUUCUUACAGGUG